AUGGUGGAAGUUGAGGUCCAAGAUGAAGAGGUCGAGACCUUCGCCUUCCAGGCCGAGAUCGCCCAGUUGAUGUCCCUUAUCAUCAACACCUUUUACUCCAACAAAGAAAUCUUCCUCCGAGAAUUGAUUUCUAACUCUUCUGAUGCUUUGGACAAGAUCCGAUACAGCUCCCUCACCGACCCUUCCGCUCUCGACUCCAAGAAGGAGCUUGAAAUCGAGCUCAUCCCCGAUGCCGACGGCAAGAAGCUCACCAUCCUCGAUUCCGGUGUCGGUAUGACCAAGGCCGAUCUGAUCAACAACCUCGGUACCAUCGCCAAGUCUGGUACAAAGGCCUUCAUGGAAGCUCUUUCCGCUGGUGCUGACAUCUCUAUGAUCGGUCAGUUUGGUGUCGGUUUCUACUCCGCCUACCUCGUCGCCGAUACCGUCCGCGUCACCUCCAAGAACAACGAGGACGAGCAGUACAUUUGGGAGUCUUCCGCCGGUGGUUCCUUCACCAUCCGAGUCGAUGACGGUCCCUCCAUCGGCCGAGGAACCAAGAUCGAGCUCUUCAUGAAGGAAGACCAGACCGAAUACUGCGAGGAGAAGAAGAUCAAGGAGAUCGUCAAGAAGCACUCCCAGUUCAUCGGCUACCCCAUCAAACUCCACGUCGAGAAGGAGCGAGAAGUCGAGACCGCCGCCGACGAGGAAGUUAAGGACGAGGACGAAGACUCCGACAAGCCCAAGAUCGAGGAGAUCGACGAAAACGAAGAGAAAAAGGAGGAAAAGAAGGAGACCGCCAAAGAGAAGUACACCGAGCUUGAAGAGCUCAACAAGACCAAGCCCAUCUGGACUCGAAACCCCGACGACAUCUCCAACGAGGAGUACGCCGAGUUCUACAAGUCCCUCACCAACGACUGGGAAGACCACCUCGCCGUCAAGCACUUCUCCGUCGAAGGUCAGCUCGAGUUCCGAGCCCUUCUCUUCCUGCCCAAGCGAGCUCCCUUCGAUCUCUUCGAGAACAAGAAGCAGAAGAACUCGAUCAAGCUCUACGUUCGACGAGUCUUCAUCAUGGACAACUGCGAGGAAAUCAUCCCCGAGUACCUCAACUUCGUCAAGGGUGUUGUCGACUCCGAGGAUCUUCCUUUGAACAUCUCUCGAGAAACCCUCCAGCAGUCGAAGAUCCUCAAGGUCAUCCGAAAGAAUCUUGUCAAGAAGUGCGUCGAGCUCUUCGAGGAACUUGCCGAAGACAAGGACAACUACAAGACCUUCUACGAGCAGUUCGGUCGAAACAUCAAGCUUGGCAUCCACGAGGAUUCCAACAACCGAACCAAGAUCGCCAAGCUCCUCCGAUGGAAGUCAUCUUUCGAUGGCGGCGAGGAGCUCACCAACCUCACUGACUACGUCAGCCGAAUGAAGGAUGGCCAGAAGGACAUCUACUUCAUCACCGGCGAGUCCGUCGAUAUCGUCAAGAACUCCGCCUUUGUCGAGCGUGUGACAAAGCGGGGCUUCGAGGUUCUCUACAUGUGCGAGCCCAUCGAUGAGUACUGCGUCCAGCAGCUCCGAGAAUUCGACGGCAAGAACCUCGUCUCCGUCACCAAGGAGGGUCUUGAGCUCCCCGAGGAUGAAGAGGAGAAGAAGAAGUUCGAGGAGACUAAGGCCAAGUUCGCUGCUCUUAGCGACACCAUGAAGAACAUUCUUGACAAGAAGGUCGAGAAGGUCGUCGUCUCCAACCGAAUGGUCUCCUCCCCAUGCUGCAUCGUCACCUCGCAGUACGGUUGGUCCGCCAACAUGGAGCGAAUCAUGAAGGCCCAGGCCCUCAAGGAUACCUCCACCAUGGGUUACAUGGCCGCCAAGAAGCACCUGGAAAUCAACCCCGACCACAUCAUCGUCGAGCAGCUUCGACAGAAGGUUGAGGCCGACAAGAACGACAAGUCUGUCAAGGAUCUUGUCAUGCUUCUUUACGAAACCUCCCUUCUCACUUCCGGCUUCUCCCUUGAAGAUCCCGGCACCCACGCUACUCGAAUCCACCGAAUGAUCAAGCUCGGUCUUGGCUUCGAUGGUGAGGAUGAUUCCGCCGAUCAGGCCGAGGAAGAUAUGCCCGAGCUCGAGAACGACGACGGUGAGGAUGACUCCUCCCGAAUGGAAGAAGUCGAUUAA